CUGGGAUAUGGCGAGCGCAAUCAGCUCCUCCCCACGUGUUUGAGUGACUGCAGGGCUGCGAUCGGCAAUAUGGCAGCAACAUCUUCUCUCAUCCACACACACAGAGAGAUCCUCACACAGUCCAGCUGAACAACUUCAAGACAACUUCACUAACGCUGGGUUUAGAGCGGGAACGCGCACGUCUCCUGACGCACAGCUCAGAUCGCAACUUCAGCGUCAGGCUUUUGUUGAUUUAGUGGAUCAAGCGAGGCCUCGGUUUGAAGUCCACUAGCAGCGGUUCCUUCGGUCUUCAUUAUGGCCAGCGGAGACGAUGAUGAUCCAAUUAUACAAGAGAUUGACGUGUAUCUGGCCAGAAGUCUUGUGGAAAAGCUGUAUUUGUUCCAGUACCCAGUGCGUCCUGCUUCUAUGAGCUAUGAUAACGUGACUCAUUUGGCGGCCAGAAUUAAACCCAAGCAGCAGAAGGUUGAACUGGAGGUGGCCAUGGACACCAUGAGUCCGAACUACUGCCGCAGUAAAGGCGAGCAGAUCGCGCUCAAUGUGGACGGCACGUCCUCGGAGGACUCCAACGUUUACUCGACGAAAAUGAUGGACAAGCAAACGUUCUCCUCGAUCCAGGCGACCACUAACACGUCCCGCUACGCUGCGGCUGUGUUUCACAAAGGAGAGCUUCAUCUCACUCCACUGCAGGGAAUCCUCCAGAUGAGACCCAGCUUCUCCUACCUGGAUAAAGCUGAUACUAAACAUAGAGAGAGAGAGGCGGCCAAUGAAGCUGGAGACUCUUCUCAGGAUGAGGCAGAAGAAGAUGUUAAACAAAUCACUGUGAGGUUUUCCCGGCCCGAGUCAGAACAGGCCCGUCAGCGCCGCAUCCAGUCGUACGAGUUCCUGCAGAAGAAACAGGCUGAAGAGCCCUGGGUUCACCUGCAUUACCACGGUUUAAAGGACGGACGUUCUGAGCACGAGCGCCAGUAUCUUUACUGCCAGGCCAUGGACACCGCAGAAAACACAGAACUGGUGAAAACACCACGUGAAUAUCUGUCCAUGCUCAUGCCUCCUUUGGCUGAAGAAAAAGUCGUCAAGCCCAUGGGUCCCAGUAAUGUGCUCUCCAUGGCUCAGCUCCGCACGCUGCCUCUGGGGGAACAAGUCAAGACGCUGAUGAAGAACGUGAAGGUGAUGCCGUUUGCCAAUCUGAUGGGGCUGCUGGCCUCAGGAACGGACUCCACCGCAGUGCUGCGCUGCAUCCAGCAGGUGGCGCUGCUCGUCCAGGGCAACUGGGUCGUGAAGAGUGACGUGCUGUAUCCCAAAAACACUUGCAGUUCCCACAGCGGCGUUCCUGCUGAAGUGCUCUGUCGCGGCCGAGACUUUGUGAUGUGGAGAUUCACGUUAGAACGAACCCUGAUGAGAAAAGAGGUUGCUGCCAUCAUAAAGCUUCCUCCAGAGGACGUUAAGGACUUCCUGGAGCAGAUGUCUGUCCCUCGAUUAAACCGAGGCUGGGAGUUCCUGUUGCCCACGGAUCAUGAUUUUGUCAGAAAGCAUCCUGAUGUGGCUCAAAGGCAGCACAUGCUUUGGCUGGGCAUUCAGUCUAAGUUGGAAAAAGUGUUUAACUUCUCCAAAGAUGACUUUGUGCCUAAAAAGGAUGCUCAGAUGGAUCCUGUUCACUUGAGCGGAGACCAGCGUCUGAAAUCGGCGAAGGAGAACGCAAGAGAAAACCACUCCACGAUGCAGAGGGAGCUGGACGCUCGUAGACUGAAGGCGUCCAGACACACAGGCUCGUCCAGUGAAUCUGCCGCCUCGGUGCAGGUCAAACAGGAGCCCAUGAGUGACUCUGAAGAGCCCAUGGACACGUCAGGCCCGCUCACAAACGGCUCCAUCAACGGUUACCCCAACUCUACCUCUCCGGUCUCGGACCCUCAUAACGGACACGGUCACACCUUCACCCCGGAGCUCCAGGACUUUGUGCGGAGCACCUUCCGGAAGCACUAUGUUUUGUGCCUGAGUGAAGUGAAGAGGCUGUUUAACUUGCAUCUGGCCAGUUUACCCACGGGGCACUCUGUGUACGGCCACGUGACGGACCGCAUGCUGCAGGACACCAUCCUCCAGAGCCAGUGCAAACAGAUCCUGGUGCCUUUUCCUCCUCAGAGCAACACUACAGCAGACGAGCAGAAGGUCUUUGGCCUGUGGGAGAGCGGAGAAACCUUCGACAAGCACCGGCAGGUUCUGUUCGAGAUCUUCAUGAAGAACUAUCGUGUCAGAAGAAACGUGAUCCAGACGCGCCUCACGCAGGAGCUCGGUGACGCCGUCACCAAAACAGAUGUGGAUCGACUUCUCAAGGAGUGCUGCAUGAGUUUGGGAGGGAUGUGGUAUCUGAAGGGAACCGUUCCCUCGUGACAGGAGCGCCGGAGCGCCGCAGAUCCCUCCCUCAGAGUUCAGUGAGAGUGAACGCAGAGCCAACACACCAACCAAUCACUGCCCUCGGCUGACACCACCGGCCCGGGACACGCCCACUCCGGAGCAUCUGCAUACGUUCACGUCUGGUCACAUGAGCAUCUCACCAAAAGGGCUGAAGAUCCAUUCGAUCCUGCGUUCGUGUGUGCGGAAAAAAUAAAAGGCCAAGGAAAGGAGUUGUGUGCAGAACGCAUACGAUCAGUUAUGCUGGUUUUCUUUUGCUUUCUUUUUUUAUGACCUAAUAUGAAAGUAGGUAUUGCUAAUAAAAACAACAGGAGAUCAUGAUUCAGCUCAUUUUAUCCUGCUUGUGGCCUUUGGGAGCUUGUUGGCAGAUUUUGGCCUUGUUUCUUACCUUUAGCUGACUGAAAAAAGAUGUUUGGUUGAAUCUUUUCCUUGAUUUUAUUGCAUAUUGAGGAUUUUUUUUUUGGGGUAUUUUGCCCCACGUUUAAGCAGGACUUUACUGUAACCCCAAAAAAACAGGCUGCAGGAUACGGACACAUUUGAAGAGCACUAGAUUAUAAUAAAUCCUCUGAAAUAUUAAUUUCUCAGCUCUCAUUGGGUCAAAUGAAGGCUAUGAAGCUCCCGUUGAAAUGUUUACAGCUCUGACAACCAAAAAAAAAGGACAAAACGUUGGUUGAGUCUGGGGCAGUUUAGAUCAAUUCUAACAGACAAACCCUGAAAAUCUAAUAUAUGAAUCAAUGCUCAUGAAUAUUUAAUGGACCUGAAGGGAGAUUGACAUCGGAAUGUGAAGCUCUGAAUGACAUUUGCAGUAUUGUCCAUUUUAUUUCAGACCGUUAAUGGCAUUCUGCAUAAAUGCAGAUGCAAUUUAAACCAUUAAUUUCGUUUGAACACAAAAAAAUGCAUAAUGGUUACACUUGCAAGUGAUCUGGGAUUUUUGCUGCAGUUGCUGAACUGUGUUUAGGUGUGAAAGAAAGUGCCUCUUAGUUAUUCAGGGGAAAUAUUCUAUCAGUAUGAUUUGCAAUCUUACAGUUAUGACUGAAAUCACCUUCACAUGCACAUGUCUAUGUCUCUUCCACACCUGCAUAUAAAGCAUUCACUGUCCGUCUGUUAAUUAAGCAUUCCACAUAUUCAUAUUCUGGAUAUUGUUGCCAAGUCUGUACAGUCACACACUCAAACAGCGGCGAACCCCAAAUCUGACCUUUUUUAUUUGUAUGUCAUUCUGAAUAAACGUUGCAACUGACAACUCAUCUUCAAAAGUUCUUGGGUUUUAUUUUUUAUCCUACAAAAGACUGUUUACAUUCAGUAGUAUUAUUGAUUUAUCUGCAGUGACAUUAUCAGAUGAGAACAAAAUGUGAUGUUUAGCUGCUUUACAAUUGAAAUUAAAUCGAUUUCAUAAUCGAUCAGUUCUACAGAAUUAACUGUUAUAUUUGUUCACUGUCCUGUCUUUUUUGUUUGUUUGUUUUUAAGCUGCUUUGAAACAAUGUCACUUUAGUUUAAGGUGUCCUUGUUACAGUGUAUUUAUACAAUUAAAUACUAAACAUUUAGUUAAUACUAUUAAUUAGUUCAUUUUAACUUUAUAUAGGGUUGGGUUUAGAUUGUUGUAUGUAAUUGUGCAUUAUCUGCUGUUAUAAAAAUGUGUAACAAGGACACUAAAAUACAGCGUUAUCAAAAAUAAACCAGUUUUCUUUUUUUUUUUUUAUCUUAAUUUAUAUCACAAAAAAAUUGAGCAAGGCUAAUACAAAACCAACACUCAAGUUGAUAAACACUAACGCUCAAUUAAUCUGCCAGAAUGUGAAACUGUCACAUAUUUCGUUUUUAUGAUUGAUUUUUCAAGAAAAUAUUUUGUGUAGUAUUAAAGAAAUACAGGAAAAAAUAUAUCAGUAGAACAAGAGCUAUACUUUUUGUUUUUGAGGUUAAUAAUUUACAUAUACACAAUCAUUGAUUACUGAUUACAGUACUUCUUAUUCCUCUCAAUAUGCUAGAAAUGGCUCCUUUUUUUUAAGUCUCAAAAUAAGUCAAUUCUUCUAUUAUGUACGUUUCCUUAAAUUCUACCCAGUGUCUAAGCUUACAACAUUAUGCCUUUGUAAUUUUUCCAUUUCAUAUACAAACCAGAGCAAUCUCGUGCAGUGCAUCUGUAUUGAAGAUAACAAAUGGCGCACGUCAGCCUGAUAAAUACAUUACUUAAUGCUGCGAUGUCACUCAAAUCUUAUCAAGGGCCUUGAUUAGAAGCAGCCUUUCCUCCGGAACUGAAGACGAUGUUCUCUGUGUGGAAAGUCCAUUUAUGUGCAGUAUACAGUUCAGUCUUCUCAUUUGCACUGAUACAGGUGAAAGUUCACAUGCAAACACUCAACUGGAGACGCUUGCCCUGUUAUGAGGUUAUGAAUGAAUGGUACUAAAGACCUGAAACAAGGUUGAGACUGAAACGUGAACUACUAGUGUCACGAAGUUCAUGUGCCAAUAAAAUAUUCUUCCGAGUAACGGUUUGACAUCUUUAAUAUAAUGGAAUUGUUUUAACAGAUGCAACAAAUGCACGGAUCAGUAGUGACUGAAAGACUAGGCUUCAUUGCACAAAGUUAUAGUAAAUAUAUCAUAAAAGAUUCAAAAGAGAAUAUAAAAAAUAAUGAUUGCAUUUCGAUAUUUUCAUGGCAAAUAAGCACUCUUUCACAUUACUGUAAUACAGACCAACACAUGAUAUAUUUAAAUAAUGAAACAUCUAUACGUAUUUGUGUUCAUCUAAUUUUUGCAUCUGCUCUGCCUUUAAUUUACAGUGAUUUUUAAUUGUUUCUGGUCAGGGUGAUUUGUAAGUAUUACAACAAACUUUACAGAGCCCAAUUUUAUUACAUUAGAUCAUUAAAUAAUGUUCAUU